CUCUGGGGGCGGGGCGACGUCGGAUUCUGUGGGCGCCCGCUUACGCACUUCCUCCUGGGGUCCCGGCCGAAUGGCUUUAUGGCGGGUUCGAGUCCCGCCUCCUGACUCUCGCCUCAAGCCCCUGAGUCCGGGGCGGGGCGCAUUUACUGGUUAACCUCUCCGCGGAGAGGGGCGGCGGCACACCUUGGGCUUCACCAUGGAAGACUACCUGCAGGGUUGUCGAGCCGCUCUGCAGGAGUCCCGACCCUUACAUGUUGUUCUGGGAAAUGAAGCUUGUGACUUGGACUCAAUGGUAUCAGCUCUUGCCCUGGCUUUUUACCUGGCAAAGACAACUGAGGCUGAGGAAGUCUUUGUGCCAGUUUUAAAUAUAAAACGUUCUGAGCUACCUCUACGAGGUGACAACGUCUUCUUCCUUCAGAAGAUUCACAUUCCAGAGUCCCUCUUGAUUUUCCGGGAUGAGAUUGACCUCCAUGCAUUGCACCAGGCAGGCCAGCUCACCCUCAUCCUUGUUGACCACCAUGUCUUACCCAAAACUGACGCAGCUCUAGAGGAAGCAGUAGCAGAGGUGCUAGACCAUCGACCCAUCGAUCAGAAACACUGCCCUCCUUGCCAUGUUUCAGUUGAGCUGGUGGGGUCCUGCGCUACCCUGGUGACAGAGAGAAUCCUGCAGGGGGCACCAGAGAUCUUGGACCUGCAAAUCGCAGUCCUUCUGCAUGGAACAAUCAUCCUGGACUGUGUCAACAUGGACCUUAAAAUUGGAAAGGCAACCCCAAAAGACAACAAAUAUGUGGAGAAACUGGAGGCCCUCUUCCCAGAUCUGCCUAACAGAAACGACAUCUUUGAUUCCCUGCAGAAGGCAAAGUUUGAUGUAUCAGGACUGACCACAGAGCAGAUGCUAAGAAAAGACCAGAAGACCAUCUCCAGACAAGGCAUUAAGGUGGCUAUUAGCGCAAUAUAUAUGGAUUUGGAGGCCUUUCUGCAGAGGUCUGGCCUCAUUGCAGAUCUCCAUGCCUUCUGCCAGGCUCACAGCUAUGAUGCCCUGGUCGCCAUGACUAUCUUUUUCAACACUCACAAUGAGCCAGUGCGACAGUUGGCUGUCUUCUGUCCCCACACAGCACUCCAAGUGAUGAUCUGUGGAGUCCUGGAAAGCUCCCAUUCUCCAUCCCUGAAGCUGGUCCCUGUCCCAAGCACCCACCCUAACCUCCAAGCCUAUCUUCAAGGCAACACCCAGGUCUCUCGAAAGAAACUUCUACCUCUGCUCCAGGAAGCCCUGUCAGCAUAUUUUGACUCCAUGAAGAGCCCUUCAGGACAGCCUGAAACAGCGGGUGUGUCUAGGGAGCAGGUGGACAAGGAGUUGGACAGGGCAGGUAACUCCCUGAUUUCUGGACUGAGUCAAGAUGAGGAGGAGCCUCCACUGCCCCCAACGCCCAUGAACAGCCUGGUGGACGAGUGCCCUCUGGAUCAGGGGCUGCCCAAGUUCUCAGCCGAGGUCAUCUUUGAGAAAUGUAGUCAGAUCUCGCUGUCAGAAUCUACCACUGCCUCCCUUUCCAAGAAAUGACUGUUGGGAGGGGAGGGGAAAGUGAGAGACGUUGCUUGAAUCACCCCGAAUGCAUGUUCUGAGAUGUUUCAGCAGUUCUGUCUUCAUUGUUCUAGGAUCUGGUAUACUGUUCUUUUAAACCUAGGAGGAGAAAGAAGUGAAGAAAAGCUGAGCUGGCUUUCUACCUUUUCCCCACAGUCUCUACCAAUCAAACAGAUUUUAUUACUAAAUUAACUCUUUAAAUCUGCACUGAGUCUCUUCUAUUUCAUUUGCUAGGGUCAUAAUGAAAUAACAUACAUAUUUCCAGCAGAGUUGCACAAAAGAAUGUAUACCCCAAAAGUGCCCUCAGUCAGGCUCUUUAAUGGAACUAGUAUUUCUCAUAGAACCAAACAUUCAUUGUCUCCGUAUAUCCAUUUUUUCUCUUGUUAGUUCAAAUAUUUAUUGAAUACAAUACCUACUUUAAGCUUAUUCCAGUUUUCAGCCUUCAGCUGGUUUCCACCUCCAUGACUCCUCCUUCUCUCCCCAAUUAGGGGAUGGUGUCUGUUUCCCAGAUGGCCAAAUUGCUGUUCUGAGCUUAUUGUGACUCUUUUGGAAUUGUCUGGGAGCAGGUUAAAGGCCAUUAUCUUCUGUCCUGAUGAGGUGGCCCAGCUCUCAGUUUCUCUGAGCUCCUCUGACCUAGAGCCACAGGCAUCCCGAAGAGACACAGGAGAUCCCUGCUUCUUGGAGCUCAGGAGACACCUGGGAGGGCUUUAAGGUCUGACAGGACUUCCCAGAGGACAGGAGAACUCCAGUGGGAGCCCAGCUCUGUCAACGACGUAUCCGUCUAACCUCUCGUUCAUCGUAAAAGGAAACAUGGGGUUUCAUACCAAGUGCUAUAAACUGUGUCUCUUGUCAGGACACUCACUCCUCUAGGUCUCACGUCUCCAUCUGCAAAACUGGGGAUCAGGACUAGAUGCUCGCUGGUUUCUGUGAUCUGCCUCUUGCCACCAUCCUUUCUCAGCUCUGCUUCUCUGGAGGUUUUUUUGGUUUGUUGUUUACUUCGGUUUUCCCUGGGAAUGCUCAGGGUCACUGGAUUGUCUCUUUAUAUGUGAUCGUACCAAGUACUCAGCCUUAUGUAGCAUGUACAGGUAUAGUGACCCAGCAAAGAGCUCUCUCCCACUGACUUGUUCUGCAUGUGUAGUCUCCCUUUUUUUCUUCAGACCAACCUGUUCCCCCUUUUCCUACCCGACAGCUCUUUUCCCUGUAAGUUGUUACCAGUUUCGCUGAUUAGUGGGGUACGUGAUGGUUUGGGCAUGAUGUCUUCAUAUGAGGGGAACAGUAUGACUUCCUUUGAGGAGAUGAUGUUUGUAGCUGUUGGAAAGUAAAUAGUGGUGUGAUUACUGAACCAAAGGAAUUUAUGUUUUGUAACUUGGGUACUUUAUUUUGCAUUUUGUUAAAGUAUUAAAUACUUUUUUCCUGUU